AUGUCGUGAAGAGGGAAGCUCGCUGGUCACCUGGGCAGAGCCAGCAGCCGCCUCCGCCGCGCGUCCCGGUGAUCGCACAUAGGCAGGCGGGCACGCAGGUCCGGCCAAAAUGGUGAAGAGGAAAAGCCUGGAUGAAAACGAGCCGGAGUGCGGGAAGGGAAUACCGUUCCCGAUCCAGACCUUCCUGUGGAGGCAAACCAGUGCAUUUCUGCGGCCAAAGUUGGGAAAACAGUAUGAGGCAUCUUGUGUGUCCUUUGAGCGGGUGCUGGUGGAGAACAAGCUCCACGGGCUGUCGCCGGCCCUGUCAGAGGCGAUCCAGAGCAUCUCCCGCUGGGAGCUCGUCCAGGCGGCGCUGCCUCACGUACUCCAUUGCACCUCCAUCCUGCUGUCUAACAGGAACAAGCUGGGUCACCAAGACAAGCUGGGCGUGGCCGAGACCAAGCUGCUCCACACACUGCACUGGAUGCUGCUGGAGGCUCCGCAGGAGUGCAACCAUGAGCCCAGCCUGAGCCACGGCUGGUCCAGGGGCAGCAGCAGCAGCGCCUUUCUCCAGCCCAUGGGGAACCAGGGUUCCUCCCCGGGAGCUCCUAGCUCCUGCUCUGGCUCGGCCCUGGGUGGAUUAGGACAACAGCACAGCGGCUCCCUGGUGGAGGAGGAUGAGCACACUCGCACCAAGCUGUUCCAAAAGAGCAUGGCCACAGUGGAGCUGUUCGUGUUCCUGUUUGCGCCGCUUGUUCAUCGGAUAAAGGAGUCGGACCUGACCUUCCGACUAGCCAGUGGUCUGGUAAUAUGGCAGCCAAUGUGGGAGCACCGCCAGCCUGACAUCCCUGCCUUUACUGCCCUCAUCAAACCUAUCAGAAACAUUGUGACAGCAAAGAGGAACUCCCCAGUCAACAACCAGUGCAGCCCCUGUGGAUCAGGGAACCCGGGUCCCAUGGGCUUCCAGGUGGUUUGCGAAGCCGCCCAAUCCGAUUCCUCCUCCACGUCGGCCGGGGAGCAGAGCUGUCGUCGUGGUAACUCAGUGGAGAAAGGUGGCCCUUCUCAACAGCAACCCCCACUGGUCAAAGGCCCUUCCAAGAAAAAGACAUCAGCCCCUGCCGGCCUGCCAGUAUCUUUGGCCCAGCGGGCACGUUAUGCCACUUACUUUGACGUGGCCGUGCUGCGUUGCCUGCUGCAACCACACUGGACGGAGGAGGGUGUGCACUGGGCCUUGAUGUACUACCUGCAGCGCCUCAGGCAGAUCCUGGAGGAGAGGCCCGAACGCCCCCCAGAGCCCCUUGUCGCGCCUCUGCCACGGCCACGCAGCAGCUCCAUGGUGGCUGCAACACCCUCGCUGGUCAACACCCACAAGACUCAGGACAUGAGUUUAAAAUGCAAUGAAGAGGGAAAAUCUCUGAGCACAGAGACCUUUGCAAAGGUGUCUCUGACUAACCUUCGUCGACAGGCUGUCCCUGACCUGUCCUCUGACCUGGGCAUGAACAUCUUCAAGAAGUUUAAGAACCGUCGUGAGGACCGCGAGCGAAAGGGCUCCAUCCCCUUCCAUCACGCGGGUAAGAAGCGUCAGCGUCGUAUGGGGGUUCCCUUCCUGCUGCACGACGACCACCUGGACGUCUCUCCCACCCGCAGCACCUUCUCCUUCGGAAGCUUCUCUGGCCUGGGCGACGACAGGCGGGCUCUGGAGCGCGGAGGCUGGCAGGCCACCAUCAUGGGCAAAUUCACACGGCGGGGCAGCACGGACACAGCUGCAGAUGCAGACAGCCUGAGCGCCAAACACUCUCAUUCCCACCACUCGCUGCUCCGGGACAUGCCCGACCACUCCAACAGCCACAGCGAUAACACCGUCAAGGAGGUUCGAUCUCAGAUCUCCACCAUCACCAUGGCAGCAUUCAACACAACCGUUGCGUCCUUUAACGUGGGCUACGCCGACUUCUUCACCGAACACAUGAAGAAACUCUGCAACCCCGUGGCAGUGCCGGAGAUCCCUAUAGAGCCACUGGCGUGUGCCAACCUGCCGCGCAGCCUCACCGACUCCUGCAUCAACUACUCCUGUCUGGAGGAAGGCGAGAACAUCGAGGGGACCAAUAACUUUGUGCUCAAAAACGGCAUGUUGGACCUCACAGCUGUUUUGCGGGCUCUUUAUGCUGUCCUCAGCCACGAUAUCAGUUCUAGGAUCUGCGAUGUGGCUCUCAACAUCAUCGACUGCCUGCUGCAGCUGGGCGUGGUGCCCGACAUGGGCAAGAAGCUGUCCAAGCCCGAUAACAAGGAGAACCAGGAGGCUCGUGCCAAAGACGCGGCUGCUCAGGGCCUCGGAGGAGUCACCCAGGGAGGAGGGCCAAUUGCGGGGGCUGGGGCAGGUGGAGGAGGAGGUGGUGGUGGUGGAGGAGGAGGAGGAGGAGGAGGAAGUGGUGGAGGAAGCGGGCAGGGGAGCAAGGAUGAUGUGAAGAAUAAUAAGGAUGAUGACAAAAAGGAAGAGGGUGCUGGCCUCAGCCCCCACCGCCUGGCUUUGACCAUGCUCAUAAAGAUAGUCAAGUCUCUGGGCUGUGCUUACGGCUGUGGUGAGGGCCACCGAGGACUAUCAGGAGAUCGUCUCAGGAUGCAGGCUCAGAACUGCCUGACCAACCUGUAUCAGCUGGACAAGCUUCAGUUUCGCCAGACUAUGCGCGAGUACGUCAACAAAGACUCCCUCAAUAACAUAGUGGACUUCCUGCAUGCACUGCUGGGCUUCUGCAUGGAGCCCAUUACUGACAACAAGGCGGGCUUCGGAAAUAACUUCACCACUGGAGACAACAAAUCUGUGGCCCAGAAUAUGGAGGCCGUGGUGGUGGGCUGCAUGUUCAAGUCCCUCAUCACCCGCUGCGCCUCGACCACACACGAGCUGCACAGCCCUGAGAACCUGGGUCUGUACUGUGACAUCCGCCAGCUGGUCCAGUUCAUUAAGGAGGCCCAUGGAAACGUGUUCCGCAGGGUGGCACUGAGCGCGCUCCUGGACAGCGCGGAGAAGGUCACCGCCACCAAGAAACCUGAUGAAAAGGAAGAGACCAAACAGCCCGGUCCCAGGAGGUCAGAGGCGGGUGUGUCCGGGGAGAAGGGUCAGGUGUCCAGUACUGCAGACGAGUGUCGCAGCUACAUCUCCAGUAGACCCCCCCAGACACCCGAACAUGAAGAACAGAUCCCGGGUGCUCUGCUGGGCAGGAAGGAUUUUUGGAGGAAGAUGUUCAAGUCCCAGAGCGCCGCCAGUGACACCAGCAGCCAGUCGGAGCAGGACACCUCAGAGUGCACCACCGCACACUCCGGCACCACCACCGAUCGCCGCUCACGAUCCAGAUCCCGUCGCAUUUCGCUCCGCAAGAAGCUGAAGCUGCCUAUCGGCAACUGGCUGAAGCGCUCCUCUCUCUCUGGACUGACAGAUGGUGUUGAGGACCUGCUGGAUAUCAGCUCAGUGGAUCGACUCUCCUUCAUACGUCAGAGUUCAAAGGUGAAGUUCACUAGUGCAGUGAAGCUGUCUGAAGGGGCCGCGGUAGGGCCGGAGUACGGGAGGGACGAGGAGGAGAAUUUCUUCAAGCGGCUCGGACCUCAUGGUUUCCAGGAGCGCCUCGCAGCCAGUCAGGAGGCCAUGAAGAACAAGAACGUAGUGAAUUUGGGCGCCAUCCGACAGGGUAUGAAACGCUUCCAGUUUCUCCUGAACUGCUGCGAGCCGGGAACCAUACCAGACGCCUCCAUCCUUGCUGCUGCUUUGGACCUUGAAGCCCCUGUUGUUGCCCGGGCCUCCCUUUUCCUCGAAUGUGCCCGAUUUGUCCACCGCUGUAAUCGUGGCAACUGGCCCGAAUGGAUGAAGGGCCACCACGUAAAUAUCACCAAGAGAGGGCUUUCUAGGGGCCGAUCACCUAUCGUGGGCAAUAAAAGAAACCAGAAGCUCCAGUGGAACGCUGCCAAGCAUUUCUGUCAGUGGGGAGACGCGAUUGGCACGAGGCUCAGUGAACUCUGUCACUCGGACAGCGAGAGCCCCGCCAACAUCCUGGGUUACAUUUACGACGAAGAAACCAAACGGAGGAUGAGGAAAGAAGACGAGGAAGAAGACUAUUUAGAUGACAACACGGUCAAUCCUACAAAAUGCGGCUGCCCCUUCGCUCUGAAGAUGGCCGCUUGCCAGCUGUUGUUGGAAAUCACCACUUUCCUGCGAGAGACCUUCCCCUGCUUACCACGACCGCGCACUGAACCGCUUGUGGAUCUGGACAGCUGCCGCCUGCGUCUGGACCCAGAGCUCGGCCGCCAUCGCUACGAGAGGAAGAUCAGCUUUGCGGGCAUCCUCGAUGACGAAGACGGACACGACUCCCUCAACAGCAGCAGCCACACUCUGAAGUCUGACACCACCUGCGAUGAUAAGAAGACACAGGAGGCUCAGGACAAUCUCUCCCCACUCCCCUGCUCUCCAGCACCGGUGCGGAAGAUUCGCAUCGGAGGCUCCCGCCUGCUUCAGAUCAAAGGGGCCCGCAGUUUUCGCGUGAAGAAGGUCGGCUCGCUGUCUUCGAUACGCAGAGCAGGGAGCCUGAAGAGCACCAAGAUGUCUCGGCAGGACUCCGAGUCUGAGAACGAAGAAGGGCUGCUGUCACAAACACAGAGCAGGGACACUGUUACUGACAUUGGUAGUCCCUUCAGCACCAGUGAACCCAGCAUCGAGCCAGAAGGUCAGAGCUCAGGAGGAGCAGAGGACAACUACCACCGGAACAUGUCCUGGCUCCAUAUUAUGAUCCUGCUGUGCAACCAGCAGAGUUUCAUCUGUACCCACAUAGACUUCUGCCACCCACGCUGCUACCAGCACCACAGCCGCUCCUGCGCCCGUCUGGUCCGCGCCAUCAAGCUCGUGUAUGGAGAGACGGGGGACAGCCUGAGGGAGGACAGCGCCUCCUCUGGUUACGUCGGAGGACGCGUGAAGAAAAGCAAAGAGUGUUCAGACAAGUCUUGCCUGAGGACCCCGUCCAUGAAGAGAAGACCCACUGACUCCAACACCGAAGGGAAGAAGGAUACAGGCAUGCUCAAGUACAUCCGCAAUCAGGUAAUGAGUUUGUCACCAGCUCCUCUUUCACUGCUGAUCAAGGCGGCUCCUAUCCUGACUGACGAGAUGUACGGGGACAUCCAGCCAGCAGCCUGGGAACUCCUGCUCAGUGUGGAUGAACAUAUGGCAGCCGCUGCUGCUGCCAUGUUCCUCCUGUGCGCCGUGAAGGUCCCCGACGCAGUGAGAAUGAUGAUGGCGGAGUUCCAGCACCCGGAGGCCUGCCAGCGCAUCAACUCCAUCCUGAAGUUUAACACGCUGUGGCGUUUCCGCUACCAGGUGUGGCCUCGCAUGGAGGAAGGAGCCCAGCAGAUAUUUAAGAUUCCUCCACCCAGCAUCAACUUCACCCUGCCUUCUCCAAUACUGGGCAUGCCCUGUGUCCCCAUAUUUGACCCUCCCUGGGUGCCCCAGAACACUGGCAGCGUGCAGGAUCCAAUCAAUGAAGACCAGUCUAAAUCCUUCUCGGCACGGGCGGUGUCGCGCUCCCACCAGCGAGCCGAGCACAUCCUCAAGAACUUGCAGCAGGAGGAGGAGAAGAGGCGUCUGGGCCGCGAGGCCAGCAUCAUCACGGCCAUCCCCGUGGCUCAGGAGGCCUGCUACGAGCCCACGUGCAGUCCUCCACCUGAGCAGGAGGAGGAAGCAGAAGAAGUGGUGAACCUGGCAUCACGCCGUCUGUCUGUCAGCCCGUCCUGCGCCUCCAGCAACUCCCACAGGAACUAUUCUUUCCGCCGGGGCUCUGUAUGGUCUGUCCGCUCGCUGGCCAGCGCUGAAGAUGAAGAAAACACAACAGAACACACUCCUACACACCACAUGCUACAGCCGCCUCAAGCUGUCUUCCCAGCGUGCAUCUGUGCUGCCGUCCUACCAAUAGUGCACCUCAUGGAAGACGGCGAAGUUCGAGAAGAUGGCGUGGCCGUGAGUGCUGUUGCCCAGCUCCUCUGGAACUGCCUGAUUGAAGAUCCAGCUCUCGUUCUCCGCCACUUCCUGGAAAAGCUAACAGUGAGCAACAGACAGGAUGAGCUGAUGUAUAUGCUUAGGAAGCUCCUGCUCAACAUUGGAGAUCUGCCAGCCCAGACCUCUCACAUCCUCUUUAACUACCUGGUGGGCCUGAUCAUGUAUUUUGUGCGGACUCCCUGUGAAUGGGGCAUGGACGCCAUCUCGGCCACGCUGACCUUCCUGUGGGAGGUGGUCGGUUGUGAGGGGCUCUUCUUUAAGGACCUGAAGCAGACCAUGAAGAAGGAGCAGUGUGAGGUCAAACUGCUGGUCACCGCAUCCAUGCCAGGAACCAAAACACUGGUGGUGCACGGGCAGAAUGAAUGUGACAUCCCAACACAGCUACCAGUCCAUGAAGACACUCAGUUUGAAGCCCUGCUGAAGGAGUGUCUGGAAUUUUUCAACAUUCAGGCCAGGUCAGCACACUACUUCCUCAUGGACAAACUGAACCUCAUCCACUAUUCAAAGACAUAUGUUAGAGACAUCUACCCCUUCCGGAGGUCAGUCUCUCCUCAGCUCAACCUGGUCCACAUGCUGCCUGAGAGAGGACAGGAGCUCAUCCAGAAACAGGUGUUUUCUCGUAAACUCGAAGAAGUCGGUCGAGUUCUCUUCUUCAUCUCCCUCACACAGCACAUGCCAGCUGUGCACAAGCAAUCCCACGUCUCCCUGCUGCAGGAGGACCUGCUUCGCCUGCCCUCCUUCCCCCGCACUGCAAUUGAUGCAGAGUUUUCCCUCUUUAAUGAGCCUCAAGGUGAGAAAAAAAACCUGCAGGCUGUUUGGCUGGACACCCUUCACAAGGUGCUGUGGAUCAAACUGCUGGAGGAAAUGUUUCUGGGCAUGCCCAGUGAGUACCCGUGGGGCGAUGAGAUGAUGCUGUUCCUCAACGUCUUCAACGGGGCCCUGCUGCUGCACCCUGAGGACAGCUCCCUCCUGAGGCAGUACACGGCAACCGCCAUCAACACCGCCGUUCACUUCAACCAUCUGUUCUCCCUGAGGUACCAGUGGAUCCUUCCAACCAUGCUGCAGGUCUAUGCAGACUAUGAGAGCAACCCACUACUGAGGCAGGGCAUUGAGUUUUGCUGCCGGCAGUUCUACAUCCUCCAUCGAAAACCCUUCAUCCUGCAGCUGUUUGCCAGCGUGGCGCCGCUGCUCGAGUUCACCACCAGCACCAGCACUGGUCUUUCUAAAGGAGUUUCUGCCCAGUGUCUGUUCGACCUGCUGGUCUCUCUGGAAGGUGAAACUCAGGAUGCCCUGGAUGCUCUGGAGCUGGUCAAAGCUGAGAAGCCACUUCGCUCUCUGGAUUUCUGUUAUGGUAAUGAGGACUUGACCUUUUCUAUCAGUGAGGCCAUCAAGCUGUGCGUCACUGUGGUUGCAUACGCCCCCGAAUCCUUCAGGAGUCUCCAGAUGCUGAUGGUGCUGGAGGCCUUGGUUCCCUGCUACCUCCAGAAGCUGAAGAGCAACACGGUGACGAUGGAGUCUGCUUCGGCUGCCAGAGAUGAGAUUGCAGCCAUCGCUGCUCUGGCUACAUCCCUGCAGGCCCUCCUCUACAGCUCCGAGACCCUCACAAGGCCCAUGACGGCCCCUCAGAUGUCUCGCUGUGAUCAGGGCCACAAGGGCGGCACUGCAGCUAAUCACGCCAUGUCCGGAGGGGUCAACACCAGGGACAAUCUCCACCUGCUGGAAGAGGGCCAGGGCAUGCCGAGAGAGGAGCUGGACGAGCGCAUGGCCAGGGAGGAGUUCCGCCGGCCGCGGGAGUCCCUGUUGAACUUCUGCACCGAGUUUUACAAACACUGCGGGCCCCGUCUCAAAAUCCUGCAGAACGUUGCAGGCGAGCCGCGGGUCACGGCUCUGGAGCUGCUGGACAUCAAGUCCCACAUGAGGCUGGCAGAGAUCGCCCACGCCCUGCUGAAGCUGGCGCCCUACGACACCCUAACCAUGGAAAGCCGAGGCUUGCGGCGCUACAUCAUGGAGAUGCUGCCCAUCACCGACUGGUCGUCCGAGGCCGUCCGCCCCGCCCUCAUCCUCAUCCUCAAGAGGCUGGACCGCAUGUUCAACAAGAUCCACAAGAUGCCCACGCUCAGGAGACAGGUGGAGUGGGAGGCGGCCAGUAGCUUGAUCGAGGGAAUCUGCCUGACCCUGCAGCGGCAGCCGAUCAUCUCGUUCCUCCCACACCUCCGCUCGCUCAUCAACGUCUGCGUCAACCUGGUGAUGGGUGUGGUCGGACCCUCCAGCGUGGCAGACGGGCUGCCGCUCCUCCACCUCAGCCCCUACCUCUCUCCCCCGCUGCCCUUCAGCACCGCCGUGGUCCGGCUGGUUGCUCUGCAAAUUCAGGCCUUGAAGGAGGACUUCCCGCUCAGUCAUGUGAUCUCCCCUUUCACCAAUCAGGAAAGGCGAGGGAUGCUGCUCAACCUGCUUAUUCCCUGUUUAACAGUGGGAUCCGGGAGCAAAGACAGCCCCCACCUGGAGCAGCCGGAGAUCUUCCUUCUCCUGCAGACGGUCAUCAAUAUCCUUCUCCCCCCUCGGAUCAUCUCCACAUCUCGCACCAAGAACUUCAUGCUCGACGCCUCUCCGGCUCACUGCUCCACGCGCGACCCGGGGAAAGAUCUGCGCAGGGAGGGAUUAGCAGAGUCCACGAGCCAGGCUGCUUAUUUAGCUCUGAAGGUGGUGCUGGUUGCUUCGAGCGCUCGUGGGAACCAGUGGUAUCGGUUGAGCCUGCAGGUGAAAGAGAUGGCUCUGAGGAAGGUGGGCGGCUUGGCCUUCUGGGACUUCAUCGACUUCAUUGUCCGAACCCGUAUCCCUAUUUUUGUCCUGCUCAGACCCUUCAUACAGUGCAAAGGUAAAGGAUUGCUGACCCAGCCGGCCGAAUCCCAGGAGGAGAUCACAGCACACCACAUCGCUGACCAGCUGGAGCGGCGCUUCAUCCCACGACCUCUUUGCAAGAGCUCGCUGUUUGCAGAGUUCAAUGAGCUCAAGAUCCUCAAAGAGGCUGUGCACAGCGGCUCGGCAUAUCAAGGCAAGACAUCCAUCAGCACAGUGGGCACCUCUACGUCAGCCUACCGCCUCAGCUUGGCCACGAUGUCGCGCUCCAACACAGGCACCGGCACAGUUUGGGAACAGGACAGCCAACCAUCACGGCAACCCUCGCAGGACACACUCAGCCGCACCGAUGAGGAUGAUGAAGAGAAUGACUCCAUGAGUAUUCCCAGCGUGGUGAGUGAGCACGAGGCCUUCCUGCCCAGGAUGAUGUCGGAGCGCCGUUUCUCCCAGCACGUCACCUCAGCGGCCUCUCAGCCCGAGGCCCCCCGCACCACCAUGCUGCCCAGCCAGAGUGAACCCAAUGUGCUAGAUGAGUCCCAGGGCCUUCUGCAGGAGGGUAACCUCUCUAGGGUGGCGAGUGUGCAGAGCGAACCAGGUCAGCAGAACCUCCUGAUCCAGCCUCCGUUGGGAAGAAAGCGAGGACUGAGACAGAUGCGACGCCCCCUGCUGUCCAUUCCAAAGACUGAACCGCGCGGUCGAUCCGGAGCGAGGCUUUCUACGACGCGCAGGAGCAUCCAGCCGAAGAACAAACCACUGGCGCAUGGAGACCAAAAGAGGUCAGUCACCUUUACAGAGAAUCAAGGCCAGCAGGCGCCUGCGGGUGGGGCCCCGACUCCCAGCACCGUGGAUCCACCAGCCGAGGGUAGAGGGACGAGUCCUGUUCCAUCAAAGUCCCCAACCCUGGAAGUGCCCCCCACCCCUUCACCCACAAUCACUGCUGAUCUGCACGGACCUACAAAUGCACAGGUCCCUCCAGUGAUGAGCAGCAAGGAGAAGAGAGAGCAGUGGGGGCUCCGCAGCAGCCUCUCCCCUCCCCCCUCCAUCUCCCGCCCUUCCACUCCAACACCCCCAUCCCGAACUUGCUCCCCUCUGUCCCUCUCUAGAACCUGCUCCCCUCUCCCUUUGUCCCGCACCUCCUCUCCUCUCCCGCCACCGCUUCCGGUGCUGACCACAGCGCCUGCCCCGGGCCCUCCACCGCCACCACCGCUCUACCACCAAGUCCUCUCGUUCCUCCUCCUCCGCCACCACUGGGGCCUUCCAGGAUCAGAGAGAGCCCCGGGGACGAGGACAACAGCUCUGCUGCCACGCAGCGACACCCUACUGCAGCUCAGCGAGGACGACGGCACAGAGAACCCGCUUCUCGCCCCACUGCUGUCCCCCCCUUCACCCCGCCGGUCACCCCGCUGCUCUCCUCGCCGCUCUCCCCUGCCCCUAUCCCCCGUCGACCUGGACCUGGAUGAGUCCCAUGUGUGAGAGAGGUGACAGGCGGAUUGUUUUUCUAUCCAGAGGCUCAAAAAAACCACAAAAAAGCAAAGUUUAGAUUUCCCUGAAAGUCGUAAACAGUUGGAAAGGACGGGAAUGUUUUGACUUUAUGUCUCCCAAAUGAAGAAAACUCCUUCCUCUGUCUGAAAUAUAACAUCAGAGUCACUCUUUUAUCUUAUCUCUCCUCAGUCUGAGGGUUGAAUGUAUGUCAAAGCAGCAAUCUACAUCAUAUCUCAUCUCCUAUCCCGACCAUCACCCCAAGAGUAGAAGUUUAUUUUUUAGUCAUACUGUAUUAUUAUUUAAAAUUCCAAAUGAAAUAGAAAAGACGUCUAUACUGAAAAAGGACAUGAUAUAACAUAUAAAGUGGUGCAGAUUUAUAUAAACAUUAUAAAGAGCCAUUCUAAAGAUAAAGUGGGUGACUUAGCUUAGCGCCUUUUAUUUUAAAUGAAGGGAAUAAAUAUAUAAUACAGUACAUGUAUUUUAAACACAAUGUGUGAUCAUAUAGAAGUGGACUAUGAAGCAUUGUAAUCGAGAAGUCUAUGAGAUUUUAUAUUUUAGAAAAAUGUUUAUUCUUUGUCCCUGCAAAGUGUUCACAGAACAAGUCGAUGUGUUUUCAGCUGAAAGGUGACGGGCAGAAUGUCCAACGCUUUAAGUGACGCAGUUUUUAAAGAAAACAUCUCAGCAUUGAUCAAGACUUUUCUAUUGGCGCUGUUGAAAAAUCAAAGUUUGAGAUAAGUUAGAGACACUCAACAAGAUAAUCUUAACAAAUUUAACACUUUUUUUUUUUUGGUAGCGUAAAUGCAAUCCUAAAACGAAAGGCUAACAUUAAGAUACAAACAUGACUUUCACGUGUUAAGACUUUAUGAUGUGUGGUCAUGCUCCCUAUAUUACAACACAGUCUCACAGCACUUUAUGAAAUAGCUGCGACCUUUGUGUUUAUGGAUGUGUAAUUCAUAUUUUCCACUUUUGAAAGGCAGAACAAUAAGUCUACGGUUGCAGGAACUGCAGGGUUGCAUGGAUAUCUGGGGUUGCAGGAAUUGCAGGGUUGCAGGGAAUGCCGGGUUGUUGGAAUCGCAUGUAUUGGAAUCCAUUCACCCCAUACAUCAGAGGCCUACACAUCACAUUUAUACAUUUUUGAAAUAUGUUUCAAUUAAAAAUGUUUCGGUGAUGGGUUUAGAAAAAAAACACCAAAAAAACCAUUUCACAUUUUGUUGUGAGACUGGGCUGCAUACCAAGCUUCCUCAAGCUUGUCAGCAAACAUCCUCCAUCAGAUGUGUAAAAGCUUCAAAAUUUGUAUUUCCUGAUCAGUUUUUUAUGUGGCAGAAGGAAAAAAGUGGAAAUGCCUGACACUUAUGUCAGCCACAGAUCUGAUUUCAGGUUAAGAAGAAAGUAGCAGACGGUUGCUGCAGCAGCCCGUUACCUCUCUCCCACCAAUUCCCUGUGAUGGUGCAGACCCAGUUCUGCCCUGGUGCCCCACACUUAAGCAGUUUACUACAUAGUGUCACUAUAAGAAGUGGAAAGAAAAUCACUGAACUUCAAGAAUUUCAUGUGGCAGAUCCUCCCUGAAAUCAGAGGUUUCAUCUUCGGGGGGCCCAGCAGGUUUGCGUCGCCUUGCUGGUGCCAGCAGCUGAGUACCGUCUCUGCUUCAGCUGCACCGACUUAACGGAAAUGCAGUGAUAAACUGACCGAUUUCCCCUUUAAUUGCAAAGACACUACAUUUGAAUGUGUUUCAUCUGUCUGUUUGUUUUCUUCUGAACUGGAAAAAGGCAGAAAUGAAGAAAGCAGGUUGUAGAUUUUGGAUUCACCGGUAGAUGAAUAAACCAAACUCGGUUUUACUGCCGCUGUCAUUGUGCAGUCAUGACGUCCUGCCUACGUCCCAUUGCUAUCAACGAUAACUCUACAGUGUGUGUCGUGCACAAUAUUUUAUUUGUGACCAAAGACUGUAUCUUUAAUAGCAGUUAUAUAGAGAAAUAAGCAGAUAAUAUUUACAGAGACACACUCGUACUGGUGUUGCUGUGCAGGUCAUGCUGUUCUGUUUGUGUCUGUGAUGUCUUAUAUUCGGCGGGGGGUGAUUGCAACUGUGACAAUGCAGUAGAUAGACAUUACCUCGUUGCUCAUUUCAUGCCUUAACAGAGACGUCUGUGUGCAUCGGUUUAUUUACUCCAGUGAAAACCUCAUACCUCCAGAGCAUCUACUGAAAACAGUCCCGCGGUGCGCCCGUUUGUUUCCCGUCUGCCCUGUUCGUCAAACGUAGCUGCUCACUAGCCUCACAGUCAAACCUCUCUGUGCGCUGUCGUGCUACAGAAGACAAAACGUGCCAUAAGUCACACCAAUGCACUGUGAGUGUUUUUAAUGUUAGCCGCUUUCUUUCUUAAGUUUUGCCUUUUCGUGUCGCAGUUUUGUGGGUACGUGGAGAUUAAAGUUAUGCAGAGAGAAUUCACAUAUAAUUCCUAGUCUAAUGUUUCAAAAUGCAUACCAUGCCAAACCCAGAGCGUGAAGGAGAACCGGCGGUCCGGGUUUGUUGUAUCGGAGCACCCUUUAAAUGUAACAUGUCUGUGUCGAAUGAUGUCUUCGUUGUGCAAAGAUUAAAUAAUAAAGCU